GGCCCGGGCUGGGGUCGCACCGGCUCGGACUCCCCUCCCGCCCGCCCUGGCCAUGGAGGACGAGCGGAAGGACGGAGCCUACGGAACACCACAGAAGUAUGAUCCCACCUUCAAAGGACCCAUUUAUAACAGGGGCUGCACCGACAUCAUUUGCUGUGUGGCCCUCCUCCUGGCCAUUGUAGGCUACGUGGCUGUGGGUAUCAUAGCCUGGACCCAUGGGGACCCUCGAAAGGUGAUCUACCCCACUGAUAGCCGAGGCGAGUUCUGCGGGCAGAAGGGCACGAAAAACGCGGACAAACCCUACCUGUUUUAUUUCAACAUUGUGAAGUGUGCCAGCCCCCUGGUCCUGCUGGAAUUCCAGUGUCCCACCCCACAGAUCUGUGUGGAGAAAUGCCCUGACCGCUACCUCACCUUCCUGAACGCCCAUGCCUCCCGGGAUUUUGGGUACUACAAGCAGUUCUGUGUGCCUGGCUUCCAGAAUACUAAGGGUGUGGCCGAGGUGCUUCGGGAUGGUGACUGCCCUGCCGUCCUCAUCCCCAGCAAGCCUUUGGCCCAGCGAUGCUUCCCAGCCAUCCAUGCCCGCAAGGGAGUCCUUAUGGUGGGCAACGAGACAACCUAUGAGGAUGGGCACGGCCAUCGAAAAAACAUCACGGAUCUGGUGGAGGGCGCCAAGAAGGCCAAUGGCAUCCUGGAGGCACGGCAGCUGGCCAUGCGGAUAUUCGAAGAUUAUACUGUCUCCUGGUACUGGAUUGUCAUAGGCCUAGUCAUUGCCAUGGUGAUGAGCCUCCUGUUCAUUGUCCUGCUGCGCUUUUUGGCUGGCAUUAUGGUCUGGGUGAUGAUCGUCAUGGUGAUUCUGGUGCUGGGCUAUGGAAUAUUCCACUGCUACAUGGAGUACUCCCGACUGCGUGGUGAGGCCGGCUCCGACGUCUCCCUCUUGGACCUCGGCUUCCAAACGGACUUCCGCGUGUAUCUGCACUUGAGGCAGACCUGGAUGGCCUUCAUGAUCAUUCUGAGCGUCCUUGAGGUCAUUAUUAUCUUGCUGCUUAUCUUUUUACGAAAGAGAAUACUCAUCGCCAUUGCGCUCAUCAAGGAAGCCAGCAGGGCUGUAGGAUACGUCAUGUGCUCCAUGCUGUACCCGCUGGUCACCUUCUUGCUGUUGUGUCUUUGCAUCGCCUACUGGGCCUGCACUGCCGUCUUCCUAUCCACUUCCAACGAAGCUGUCUACAAGAUCUUUAAUGACACCGCCUGCCCAGUUGCUGGGAAAACCUGCAACCCUGAGACCUUCCCCUCCUCUAAUGCAUCCCACCUGUGCCCGGGUGCCCGGUGCCAGUUCGCCUUCUAUGGUGGCGAGUCUGGCUACCACCGGGCGCUGCUGGGCCUGCAGAUCUUCAAUGCCUUCAUGUUCUUCUGGCUGGCCAACUUCGUGCUGGCGCUGGGCCAGGUCACACUAGCUGGUGCCUUCGCCUCCUACUACUGGGCCCUGCGCAAGCCCGAUGACAUGCCUGCCUUCCCGCUCUUCUCUGCCUUCGGCCGGGCACUCAGGUACCACACAGGCUCGCUGGCCUUUGGCUCCCUCAUCCUAGCCAUUGUGCAGAUCAUCCGAGUGAUCCUUGAGUACCUAGACCACCGCCUGAAAGCUGCACAGAACAGGUUUGCCAAGUUCCUCCUGACCUGUCUCAAAUGCUGCUUCUGGUGCCUAGAGAAGUUCAUCAAAUUCCUCAACAGGAAUGCCUACAUCAUGAUCGCCAUCUAUGGCACCAACUUCUGCACCUCGGCCAGGAACGCCUUCUUCCUGCUCAUGAGAAACAUCAUCAGAGUGGCUGUCCUGGACAAAGUCACUGACUUUCUCUUCCUGUUAGGCAAACUUCUGGUCGUGGGUAGUGUGGGGAUCCUGGCUUUUUUCUUCUUCACCCACCGUAUCAGAAUCGUCCAGGACACAGCACCACCCCUUCAUUAUUACUGGGUCCCUAUACUGACGGUGAUCGUCGGCUCUUACUUGAUUGCCCACGGCUUCUUCAGCGUCUAUGGGAUGUGUGUGGACACGCUGUUCCUCUGCUUCUUGGAGGACCUGGAGCGGAAUGAUGGCUCGGCCGAGAGGCCUUACUUCAUGUCUUCCAACCUCAAGAAGCUCUUGAACAAGACCAACAAGAAGCCAACAGAGUCGUAAAGGCCUGCGCCCUCCCCCACCUCUCUGGAAGCCUCACACUGGGUGCUCUGCCCCUGGGUCAGUACCCCCAGCCCCACUGGGCUUACCCGAGGGCCUAUCACUGCCCUUCCUCCACAUCCAGGUACCAUCCUCCAAAAAAUCCCAUUGCUGUCGAGUCAAUUCUAACUCACAGCAACCCUGUAGGACAGACUAGAACUGCCCCAUAGGGUUUUCAAGGAGUGGCUGGUGGGUUCGUACUGCGAACCUUUUGGUUAGCAGCUGUAGCUCUUAUCCAAUACACCACCAGGGCUCCAGUUACCACCAGUUUCUGGAAACCUGGAGCAUUUGGGGUAUCUCCUUCCUAUGCCUGGGGCAGUCAGUAUUUU